UUCACUGUCCCGAGACAUGAUGAAGCGUUCACCCCUGUGGGAAUCUCUCCUCCCGCGUCAGCUGCAUCUGUCAGCCCGAGCGGCUGCAGCAGCGGCUCAGACCUUCUGAUUCACCCAGAGAAAAGUUCUGUCCCGUCUUUGAAGAGGAUGCCGCUCAACUUCAGGAUACCCACCCGGACGCACCAAGGACCGCGGGACUGAUCCCUCCCCGCGCGAUGAUGACUCCGUCCUGUUGGAGAGCCCCUGCUUUCCUCCGCUCUGCUGCCGCCGUGACACAGCCGACUGGAUUGGUCUGCCACCUCUGCCCUCUCCGCGCCGGUGUUGUGAUCCUGUUUCCCACACUGCACUUGACCCGAGGCAAAACAAUAGGAUUAACUUCACAAGAGGAAGCUGUCACAGAUGAAGCUCGGGGCUCGGAUGGAUCCCAGUAAACACAAGACCAUGGAAGUGAGGAACAGUCUGAACUCCAGCGCGAACGCCACUUCCAUGGACGUCCGGCAGGUCACUCACAGUCUCCUGGAGGUCGUCUCCAUCGCCACCGUGUCAGCCGUGGUCAGCCUGAUCACCAUCGUGGGGAACGUCCUGGUGAUGGUGUCCUUCAAGGUCAACAGUCAGCUCAAAACUGUCAACAAUUACUACCUUCUGAGCCUGGCGGCGGCCGACCUCAUCAUUGGCGUCUUCUCCAUGAAUCUGUACACGUCCUAUAUUCUCAUGGGCUACUGGGCUCUCGGGAACCUGGCCUGCGAUCUGUGGCUCGCCCUGGACUACGUGGCCAGCAACGCCUCGGUCAUGAACCUGCUGGUGAUCAGCUUCGACCGGUAUUUCUCCAUCACCAGGCCUCUGACCUACCGGGCCAAGCGGACCCCCAAAAGAGCGGGCAUCAUGAUCGGUCUGGCCUGGCUGGUGUCGCUGGUUCUGUGGGCCCCGCCCAUCCUGUGCUGGCAGUACUUUGUCGGGAAGAGGACAGUGCCUGAGCGACAGUGCCAGAUCCAGUUCUUCUCCGAGCCGGUCAUCACUUUUGGGACGGCCAUCGCAGCCUUCUACAUCCCAGUCUCCGUCAUGACAAUCCUGUACUGCCGCAUCUACAAAGAGACGGAGAGGAGGACCAAAGAUCUGGCCGAGCUUCAGGGCACCAGCUGCUCGGCCGAGUCGGCAGCCGCGCAGCCGCAGAAGACCAUCGUCAGAUCUUGUUUCAGCUGCAAACUUCGGUCGGCAUCGCACGAACGGAAUCAGGCCUCAUGGUCGUCGUCGACUCGGAGCCACGCUGCUCGCACAACAACCGCGAGUGACGAGUGGUCCAAAGCUGGUCAGCUGACCUCCUGCAACAGCUACGCCUCCUCUGAAGACGAGGAUCGACCCGUCUCCCCGAAAACCUUCCGUUCCUCCUUCCCGGACCAGGAGAACGGCAAAGACGCAAAGCAGCUCAGGACCUACGAGGACGACCGCUUCUUCCAAACGCCGCCCAAAAGCAGCUCGCAAAAAAGUGGCAAGUGCGUGUCGUACAAGUUCAAACCAGUCGUGAAGGACGUUCAGGUGGAUCUCCAGAGCAAGAACGGCGACUCCAAAACGGGCUCCUCGACGUUCUCGUCGGCAGAGUCUGUGAGCGCCCCCUCUACUGCCAAACCCUUGGACGCGUCGCUGAAAAACCAGUUGACCAAGCGGAAGAGGAUGGUGCUGAUUAAGGAGAGGAAAGCGGCUCAGACGCUCAGCGCCAUCCUGCUGGCCUUCAUCCUGACGUGGACGCCUUACAACAUCAUGGUGCUCAUCUCCACCUUCUGCUCGGACUGCAUCCCCGUUUCACUGUGGCACCUGGGCUACUGGCUCUGCUACGUCAACAGCACCGUCAACCCCAUGUGCUACGCGCUGUGCAACAAGACUUUCCAAAAGACCUUCCGCAUGCUGCUGCUCUGCCAGUGGAAGAGGAAACGGACAGAGGAGAAACUUUAUUGGUGCGGACAGAACCAAAUGGCCAAAGUUACGUGAAACCUGCGUUUUCAUGUACUGUAAAAUAGAUUCUUUUGUACAUUCUAGCCGGCAAAUCACAACAUAUUUGAUCUGUUCCUGGCAAUGUAAAUACAUCUGAGUUGUAAAGUUGAACCAAUAACGCCCAACGAAAGACGUUUAAUCGGCAACAUUUUUGCUUUUGCAUCGUCUCGCCGCAGUGGUUUAGAUCAGGUCAGAGGAGGCGCAUUGCUUUGCUGCUGUUUCUGUGACGAAAACGCAUCUUUUUGGAAUCGAAGCUACACUUUCAAGGGCUAACAAGUCCGGUUCCGAUGUCGCUGGAGAGUACGAUCCUCGAAGGCUUCCACACGUGCCAUGGCCGCUCGCUCAUCAUUCUACUGCAACAUAUCAGUGUUUGGAAAAGAUGAUUCUCAGGAUGUCGGUGUUGUGAUGUGGCAAAGCUGAACCUGUUUUCGUCAAGUGUUUUGUGCUCACUGUGAACAGGCAAAAGUACGGGAAAUAAAAAAAACACCACACAAUGAAGCUGAAAAUGGUAUUAAACAGUAUUUGUUUUGGUAGUCGUGUCAUUUGGAAUAAAAAUGCUAUCAUUGUAUCAAAUUUGGUUUUCAUUCAGUUCACUUUUUUUCAGUGAGUUA